AUGGCCCCAAGACUUCUCCUGGCCCUUGUCCUCUGGGCUGGCUACUGGCCCUGCAGUGGGACUCACGCUCCUCCCUCCUCCCUCACCCCUGCAGCCCCAACCCAGUCCAGGGUGUGGUGCUGGGCCUUUAGGUACCCGAUUGCCGUAGAUUGCUUCUGGACCCUGCCGCCUGCUGCGGACUCCACCAGGCCCACGUCCUUCAUUGCCACGUACAGGCUUGGAGUGGCCGCCCACGGGGAGAGCCAGCCCUGCCUCCAGCCAACACCAGAAGCCACCAGCUGCACCAUCCCAGACGUCCACAUGUUCUCCAUGGUGCCCUACAUGCUGAACAUCACCGCUGUCCACCCCUGGGGCAGCAGCAGCAGCUUCGUGACCUUUGUCCCAGAGCAUAUCAUCAAACCAGACCCUCCAGAAGGCGUGCACCUGAGACCCCUCCAUGGGCAGGGGCUAUGGGUGCAGUGGGAACCUCCCAGGUCCUGGCCCUUCCCGGAGAUCUUCUCACUCAAGUACUGGAUUCGCUACAAGCGUCAUGGAGCUGCCCGCUUUCGCCAGGUGGGGCCCAUCGAAGCCACGUCCUUCACCCUCAGAGCUGUGAGACCCCACGCCCGGUACUGCAUCCAGGUGGCUGCUCAGGACCUCACUGACUAUGGGCAGUCAAGCAACUGGAGUCUCCCUGCCACUGCCUCAGCGGCUCUGGGCCAGUAGCAGGGGCUUCCCAGCCCCCGGAGGAGGGGCUGGUUCUGUGACAUCCCCUCCCCCUCACUGCUACCCACUCCAAGGUGGAUGGAACCUGACUAGCCUGGGGUCGCUGCUGCUGAGUUGCUGGGCAACCUUGGACAAGUGACUUUGCCUCUCUGGCACUUAAUCUUCUAAUCUGUGAAAUGGAGAUGUACUCUCUCCUCUGACUGCAGAACUGUGAAUGUGACAUAUCAUUUAUUGUUUCAUUAGACAA